AUGAUUAUUGUUUUACUAUUAUCGUUAUUCAUCUUCACGGACUCUUUUAGAAUCCUGGUAUAUUCCCCAGCGUUUGCCGGUAGCCACACAAAUUUUAUGGCUAGAAUUGCAGACACUUUAACGGAAUCUGGACAUAAUAAAAGCGAGGAGAUGAAACUGGACCCUAUCACGGUUGACAACAUAACUGCAACUUACUGGCAUAUCACUGUGAAUUCCAAAGGGGGUCAUUCACUUUUCGAACCAGUUCACAAGCUAACUGUACAAAGUUGUCGAAGCCUGUUCAGUAAUUCUGAACUCCUAGAGACUUUGAGAGCCCAUGAAUACGAUGUUGGAAUAGCCGAACCAUUAAUGACUUGUAGUUUGGUACUUUUUAGACAUCUGAAAAUAGAAAAAGUGAUCCUGGCUAGUUCCUGUCCAAAUUAUGAUUCUGUAAUGGCAGCGAUG